GCUGUGCUGUGCUGAGUGACAGUGAGAGAACGAUCUCCAGAUCUCCAGGAGAGUCUGUUCUGCUGCCCUGUCCCUGUCCCACAGACCAACACAAGAUCAACCCUGACAGAGUCACAUGGACUAAAGAUCAGACUGCAGUGUGUAAUGAUACAGAAUCCUACAGAGGCAGAGUCUGGAUGUUCAACCAGAACCAUUCCAGAAAUUUCUCUCUCCUCAUCUCAGAUCUGACUAAAGAGGACUCUGGACUCUACACCUGCAGAGCUGAUGAGAAAGACAUGCCAUAUGUCCAGCUAGAGGUCGAAGGCUGCGCUCUGUCAGAGAAUAAACAGACUGUUCCAGUCAGCAGAUCCUCAGGAGAGUCUGUUCUUCUGUCCUGCACCUGCACUGACCUGCAGGACAGACCUGUGAAAGUUCAGUGGAGAACACCAAACCAUGAAGAUCUCCUUCAGCGCUACAGCGGCCGAGUUCAGACGUUUGACCAGAGCUCUCCAGGAAAUCUCUCUGUACUGAUCUCAGACCUGACUGAAGAGGACGGAGGAACAUAUUCAUGCUGGAUAAACCAGAAUCAGUACAGGAACUUCAGCCUCACUGUUAAAGGCUGCACACUGUCAGAGACUCAGGAUAGAGUGAUUGUCAGAUCUCCAGGAGAGUCUGUUCUCCUGCCCUGCUCCUGCACUGACCAACACACCAAACCUGUAAGUGUGAAAUGGGAGCGUGUAGACUCAGGAGGGACUGAGGUAUCCAAUGAGACGGAGCUCUACAGAGGCAGAGUCCACAUGUUUAAUAAGAACCUUCCAGCAUAUCUAUCUUUACUUAUCUUCAACCUGACUGAACAAGACCAGGGAACAUACAGAUGUUCAAUCAACAACAAACAGUCCAUCAACAUCAGACUCAGCAUUGAAGUGAAAUCCACAGCAGAGAAGAGAGAAAUCACAAGUCAGUCUGAUUCCUCAGGUUUGCUCAUCACUUUGAGUGUCUGUGUGGCUCUGCUGCUGAUUGUAGUGAUUGGAGAAUCAGCGCUGAUCUACAAAUUGAUUCACAACAGGACACAAGGGUCUGUCUCUACAAACACUGAGAGAAGAACACAGAACACAGCUGAUAAUGAUUAUGAAAAUGGUCUUCCUAAAAACCGGAACAAGAUCAGCAUGGCUCCAAUCUACCAGAGCCUGGACCCCAACACCAACCAACCAGAUUCAGUCUAUCAGGGCCUAAACCCCAACACCAACCAAUCAGAUUCUGUCUAUCAGGGUCUAAACCCCAACACCAUCCAAUUACAUUCAGCCUCCCAGAACUGAAACCUCAACACCAUCCAAUCAAAAUAAGAAAUCCCAACACUUACAGAGCUAAACCCAGAUUCAUCUGUCUAAACCCUUCAUU